UACACGCACACAGACAGUCGUGGACAAAACGAGCGCACGCACACUCGCGCGUAACGCCGUGCUAUAUUGCCCGCAGUGUAUGUAUAAUAGUCACUCACCCCUCCGCGUCGAAAGUGCACGUCAAGCGCUGUUUUCGGUGCACCCUACUGCUACCACAUACACACUGUCAAUUCUUUAUUUUUCAUUACGAUAUAUCAGCGUAUAUAUAGUGCAAAAAACCCCGUCAAAAUCGUAUAUCGCCUUUCCGUUUCCGCACGUCGACCGGUGCUCAUUAUACGCCAAACGCGUCGUACGGGAAACACGCACAACCGCCACUGCAGCAGAAGCAGCAGCAGCAACCGACAAACUGCACGCGUCAACGACGACCACGUCGUUGCCGUCGCACGCGAACCGCUCGGACAAAAGUCAAAAGAACGAAUUGCGUGUCUGUCAUAUGGUUGGACAGAAGAGGCCAAGUAGAUCAUGUUCAAUAUUGAUAUGGGGUGGCUUUCUAUUGCUUUACGCCGGGCUUACCGCAAUCAUAGAUUGCACUCAAAGCAAUGGGACAAGCACAACAAUUAUUCCAUUGUCGUCCAAUGUCAACCAACUUUUAUCCGCAGCCCCGGAGACCACGGAUGAUAUUUAUGCGUCUGGAGACGGUCAAGCUAUUCUUCCAACACAAUCGUCACUUCAAAAUGAAAAUCAAACUAUAGAGAGCAUUUCGGAUCAAAGUACAGCAAACACAUCAUCAACUAUAAGCGACGAAUUGGCUGAGAAAUGCACACCGCCAGCAAUAAAACAGUUCCCUAGACCCUUUAUGAGACCCUCAGUGCGACGACGAGGAGGAAUAUUAAUACACAUAAUUAUAUGUAUCUAUAGUUUCUUGGGAUUAGCAAUCGUAUGUGAUCACUAUUUUGUAAAGUCAUUGGAUAGAAUUUGUGAAGAACUUAAAGUAAGUCCUGAUGUCGCGGGUGCAACAUUUAUGGCGGCUGGUAGCUCUGCGCCUGAAUUAGCCACCGUUGUCAUUGGUGUAUUUCUAGCCAAAGACGAUAUAGGCGUGAGUGGAGUCAUCGGAUCUGCCGUUUUCAAUAUCAUGUUUGUCAUAGCUAUUUGUGGUUUAGCAUCCACAACUGUGACUUACCUCAACUGGUGGCCACUUUGCAGGGAUUCGUUUUUCUACACCAUAAGCAUACUCAUCAUGCUGUUGGCUAUUUAUAACGAAACUAUUUCAUGGAUUGAAAGUUCUAUGUUACUUCUGGCGUAUGUCAUAUAUUGUGUAGCGCUGUACUACAACUUGUAUUUGGAGGCAUGGGCCAAUACUUGGAACUUACCAUUUCCACCAAGGAAUCACGGACAAAUAAAUGAAUUAUUUGCGGAUCAACAGACAUCAGAUAUCAAAGAAGGUCAAGAACAAAUUCAAUUGACCGGUACUAAAAGUCCAACGGGUUAUGACACCACUGGAUCAACAGGAAUAGACCAACAAGAACAAAACCAACAGCAAAAAAAUCAACAAAUACAACAAAAUCCAGACUAUUAUAUACCUAAAGUGUAUCAUGAAGCUGAUGAGGUAAAUCCUUUGCUUAAGCCGGAAAAUGGAAACAUUUUACAUGUUAUUCAAUGGGCCGUUAUGUAUCCAAUUUAUUUUAGUUGUUAUUAUACAAUGCCAGACUGUCGGAAAGAAAAUUUCAAAAACUGGUACGGAUUAACAUUCGUCAUAUCUAUGCUAUGGAUUUCGGUGUAUUCUUAUAUAAUGGUCUGGAUGAUUACAGUUAUUGGUAAUACACUUGGUAUACCAGACACAGUCAUGGGUCUAACUUUUGUUGCAGCUGGAGUUAGUGUACCAGACGCUCUAUCAAGUCUUUCAGUAGUUAAAGAAGGUUAUGGCGACAUGGCUGUAUCUAACGCAAUCGGAAGUAACGUAUUUGACAUAUUAGUAUGCCUAGGACUUCCGUGGUUUUUGCAAACUGCUGUAUUUAACCCAGGGAGCACUGUAAAAGUGUACAGUAAAGGUUUAACUUAUUGCACAUUAACACUUCUAUCGACCGUAGUAUUUUUGUUGGUGGCAACGCACAUGAAUGGAUGGAAGUUAGAUAGAAAAUUUGGAGCUGUCCUUAUGUUGUGGUAUUUAAUUUUCAUCGCAAUAGCUAGCUUAUACGAAAUGAAUGGUACUAUGAAUCCACCGAGUUGUUUGACCGACUAUUAAUGUUAUUUUAUACAAAAUAUUUAAACAAUAGGUUACGUAUAAUUUAUUAAUUUAUUUUGAUUUUAAAUAUGUUUGUUUUGUAUUUUUCGUUCAAAAUAAUUUUAUUCUCCUGUCGUGCCUGACAGUUCAGCAUCCUGUGAUUUUUUUGUAUAAGUAAUAUAUUAUAAAGAAAAUAUAUAAUAUUAGGUAUAAUACAUUAAACUAUUAUACUUAAAUUGCGUAAACGCGUUUUCUGGGAUUAAUGCUGAUAUUAUCUGGAAUAAUUAUUUUUAAUUGGAAAUGUCAUAAAACUUAUAUGCCAUGAUGUUUUCUUACAAUAACAUGCUGAUUUAUAGUUUCAGUUUUAUUUUACCAAUUUGGAUCAUACAUUAAACAAAAGUUAUGGUAUUACUAAUCGCACAAUUUAGAUAAGUUAUAAACUAAAUAGGUACUGUUUUAUUACAUUCGAUGGGAUAAUAAUAUAAUAUUAUGGAACACUUGGAUUUCCAAUUUAAAAUUUUUUUUGUACAUUUUUCAAAAUUGUUUCAAUCGAAAUUAUGGCAUAAUUAAAAUAACUAUUCGCAAGUUAUUAACAUAUGUUAUGUUAGUUGAAAAUAAUAAUAAUUAUUGUUAUUAUAUUUCCAAUUAUAAAUAAUAUACCAAUAGGUAUAUAAAAGUUAAAAACUGUUGAACAUUUUUAAUGUUAUUAUUUUAUUAUUAUUUUGUUAUUUAAAAACAUUUUUUUUUUUUUUUUUAGCUAAUUAUUCAGAUACUACCUUAAUACAUUUUAUGGUUUUCCUUUCUUUAUUUUUUUGUUUUUUAUUAAAAGAUCUGAAUAUUAGGUAUUUAGAUUAAUUGCAAUAAUACUAUAUUUAGAAAAAAAUAUGAAUGCCUACUGUAAACUUAAGUGUUGAUGCAAUUUAUUUAACUUCAUUAUCAUUAAAUAAUGUUAAAUUAUUUAUUUAAUACUAUAAUAAUCGAGACAAUAAUUAGUUUCAUAAGUCGUAUAUUAUUAAAUUUGUAUUGAUAGUUAAUUUUAAGACAAUGUUAUUAAACGUUUAGCUUAUUUACGUCAAAUUGUACUUACCUAUAUAAUAAUUAAUAUGUAUACCGUAUCAAAUACCUGCUAUAAUAACUUAUAAACAAUUUAUAAACUAUAAAAUCCAUCAUAUUUAUUAUUACCAAUUACCAUUUACCUUAUUAUAUUCUGCUUAAUUAAUAUUCUUCGUACCGUUAUGCUUUUAUAAUAUUCCUAUAUUCUAAUAUCCUUGUUAUCUAUUAUUAGUAUAUUAUUUUAAAUUUUCAAAAUUAUUAUUUUUGUGUAUAAGCAGUAAUUACUAUAUUUGUAACCAUAAAUUGUUACUUACUUUUUGUUUAAUACUAUAAUAUUAUACUAGUUUUAAAAUAUGUUAUGAACUUCUAUUAUUUAAGUUAUAGUUAUACGACUUAUAUCAGUUAUACCUAUCUAUACAAAAAUAUUUAGUAUACCUAAACAAUAUCUAUCACAUUAAAACAUUAUUUGUUAUGGUUAUUAGACGAUACUAUAUUUAUUUUGUUUAUUAAAACUAUUAAAACUAAUAGAAAGCACAAAUAUAUAUACCAAGCAAUUAUUAGUCGAACUAAUUUUUAAUUACUUAAUUAAUAUUUAUAUUGCAGUAUAGGAAUCCCACGAGUAUAUGUGUUACUACUUUUAUGUGUGUUUCAAAUUAUCUUAAAUUAAUUAUUAAAUGUUAAUAUUGUAAAAUA